CGAUGCCCGAAAACGACCCCAACAGCAAGCGUCUCUCUGCAUGACGGUUCACCUUGCCAACCCGCAGCACAGGGCGGCGAUUAUAUGUCACAGGCAUUGCCCACAAAGUUGCGUUGCACCUUGACAGAUUAGCUUGCCCUGUAGCUGCGAGAAAAUCAUAUCCUUCCAAUCCUCGUUUACCGACUUUCGGCGGUCGUUCCACUGACUGACUGCCACUGCUCUUCAGUAACGCAUAGCACAGCUAUAUUCGAUGCAUCCCGCACCCUGAACAUCCCAAAUUUGUCUGCUUGUCAACCACCUAUGUAGGUAGCUUUUGGCUACUACUCGGCGAUACAUCGAUUUCAAAGGCACCAAGUGCCCCAAAACUGCAGCCUUGGUCUUUAUUUCAUGCCUUACCUCAACGAAGGUACCUUAUUGGACCCAUCCUCCGAUCGCGUAUACUAUCACUGGAGUCCCCCUCCUUCAAAGCUUUUUGAAGGUACCUACUAGGUAGUCACGACACCGCUUUCCAACACUUCCUGUCAACCCUCAAUAGGGGUGCUCGAUACUUUACGCCGUUCCUAUUCGCCCGUAAUUCUCCUUUCGAGAUCGCGAUUGAUUAGCGCCACCGCUUCCAUGGAGCCUAGUCCUGUAGCUGUGGAGGUUGCUGGCCAUGCGCCCAACUUCUCCCUCAAGGGAAAGACGGCGCUUACGGAGGCAUUCGAAGAUGUACUAUGCGGAUCGUUUGCUGGCGCUGUGGGCAAAUACAUCGAGUAUCCGUUCGAUACGGUCAAAGUGCGGUUACAAAGUCAGCCCGAUCAUCUCCCCUUGAGAUAUUCUGGUCCAUUGGAUUGCUUCCGGCAGUCCAUCAAAAGCGAUGGAGUUUUAGGGCUGUAUCGUGGCAUUACAGCUCCUUUAGUGGGUGCUGCAGCAGAAACAAGCAGUCUAUUUCUAUUUGAGAGUCUUGGUCGUGAAUUGCUGUUCACGAGUAGCCUAGUCCCCCGAGAACAAGGACUCUCACUGCCGUAUCUCUGGCUGACAGGUGCAUUUUCUGGAGCUUUCACUUCGUUUGUCCUCACUCCAAUUGAGCUCGUCAAGUGUAGGAUUCAGGCUCCCAUGUCGGCUGAUGGAUCUACCGGUCCUCCUCUCCGUCCUAUACCUGUCAUCAAGCAGGUUUUUCGCCAUGAAGGCCUUCGGGGCUUUUGGCAUGGUCAGCUUGGUACAUUGAUUCGAGAGGCUGGUGGUGGUUCUGCUUGGUUUGGUGCCAAGGAGACUGUAACAAGCAUGUUCUACCAGCUCAAGACGAACACCGCGAAUUCAGCAAUAGAAAAGCAGGUAAUUCUUGAUACACCCUUGCCGUUCUGGCAGCAAGCAAUUGCUGGCGCAUCGGCGGGUGUGUCAUACAACUUCCUCUUCUUUCCUGCAGAUACUAUCAAAUCACGUAUGCAAACCUCGACUGUCAGUGAUCUACGCCAACGACGUACAUUCUGGAAAGAAGGAGCGAUGCUUUGGAAACAACAUGGGAUACGAGGCAUGUACCGUGGCUGUGGUAUUACAUGCCUCCGAUCUGCACCAAGCUCUGCUUUCAUAUUCAUGGUUUAUGAUGGGAUGAAGCGACACUUUCCUUUUUGAUGAUGACAGAAAGAAAAGUGGCCGAGAUGAUGUGUGAUAGAUCAAGUUUCUCAUCACUUUAGAAGGAAAUUUUAUCUCCGGAUAGCAGCGUCUGGUCAAAGCAUCUAUGGCGUUCAAAUUUUGGUUUGACAUAAUGUCGAUUAGUGAAUUGGAGCACCAAUAGAGGGUGGGUAUCUAUCUGUUCAUCUUGGGGUCGACAGAAGAUAGUAAGGACGAUACUUUUGAUUCCAGGGAAUAGAGCCAGUUUGGCUUUGAAAGAACACAAACGCAACAACAUAUAGCAGUCCAUGUUUAUAGAUCAAUACCCAUGACUUGAGCAGAACUGCAUUUAAUCAUAAGCUGUGCUUAUUCGUCCUUUGCCUCCUUGGCCUUCAAGUCCCAG